CAGCAGGGAUGAUGCUGCCUUGGAUCCAUAUUACCUUGCUAGCAGGUUGCAAGCUAACUGAAUACAGGCAGUACAGUGCGGCUACACGGGGAUGUCCCACCCUUUUUAAUACAAGCUGAGUAUUCCGAGGUUUUUAACGGCUCUACACAAGCAGGACUAACCUCCAAACUUUAGCGAAAUGACGACGCGGUCGGAGAGAGAAAAAGCCCAGAAACUGAAUGAACAGCAUCAGGCCAUUCUGUCUAAACUGCUGAGAGAAGAAGACAACAAGUACUGUGCUGACUGUGAGGCAAAAGGACCUCGAUGGGCGUCAUGGAACCUUGGGGUCUUCAUGUGUAUCCGCUGUGCUGGCAUCCACCGCAACCUGGGCGUCCACAUCUCCAGAGUCAAAUCUGUCAAUCUGGACCAGUGGACAUCUGAGCAGAUCCAGAGUAUGGUGGACAUGGGCAACACCAGGGCUAGACAGCUGUAUGAAGCCCACCUACCAGAGUCCUUCAGACGACCUCAGACAGACCAAGCAGUCGAGGUCUUCAUCCGGGAUAAGUACGAGAGGAAAAAGUACUUCGACAAGGAGGCCCUGGCCACAGCUCCACAGAAGUCAUCUGAGGCUGCUCCUCCCUCCACCUCACCAUCCUCCCAGCCUGACAGGAGCAGACAGGAGAAGGAGCGUGAAAAGAAAAAAGAGGAGAAGAAGAAAGAGAAGGACAUUGAUAAAGUGGAGAGGCACAACAACACAAAGCAGUCAGAGUGCAGAGCCAGUCCCAAGAAAAGCACAGAGCCAGCUGUGGACCUGCUGGGCCUGGAUGCUCCAGAGGGUGGUGGGAAGAGCCCUGGCAGCGCUGCACCGAUCAGCGAUGAACUGGACAUCUUUGGACCAAUGGUCUCCAACCCUCUCCCUUCAGCCAACAACACGCAGCAGGCUCAGUCUGGUUCCAGUAUAGCACCUCAGCAGGCAGACCCCUCCACCUCCUGCUCUGCCUCCUCCUCUACCUCCACCACUACCACCACGAAGGCGGAGGAGAAGAAGCUUUUAUCUAAAGACUCCAUCCUGUCUCUGUAUGCCAGCAGCUCAGUGGGCAAUCAGCCACAGAGCCAGCAACAGCCUGCUCCAGGACAAGCAGGUAUGUACAUGGGCCAGCCUCAGAUGCAGUUCACUCCACAGGGUUUCACCCCUGGAAUGGGCGGAGCCGUCCCGCCCACCACCAUGAUGGGUGGAGGGGCCAUGAUGUCAGGCAUGGCUCUGCCCAACGGAGGCUACAUGGGCAUGCAGCAGCAGGGCGUGAUGCCAGCCAACCAAGGACAGAACAUGUACAAUAUGCAGCAGGGACAACAGCAAGGACAGUGGAAUAUGAACCAGAUGACCCAGCAGAUGUCAGGCAUGGCUGUGAGCGGUGGAGGGCCGACGUCAGGCACUUUAAGCCAGGCGGGCGCCCCCACGGCCGGAUGGCCCGCAGCUCCACCGGCAGCUUCUGGCCAGACCCUCAGCACUCAGCUGUGGAAGUGAUGAGGAAGGGGUGGUCCAGAGGAUGAGUGGGGGGGUGGGGGGAUAUGGGGAAGUCACACAGCAACAAAAAUUUGCCUCCAACCCACCCAUCUCCUCACAGCUCUGAGUAAGAAACGCACAGCGGGGGGCAGUGUGAUUGCCCUAAAUCCCCCUCACAAACCCUUCUCACCCUCACCGCCGUUACUUUAAAGGCGUUUGAUGACAUCUCACUGGACGAAAUGGGAAAAAAAGAGAGAAAGACUGGCAGCUGUCAUGUCCUGUCUUUAUUCAAAUUUCCUCUUCUUCUUUGAUUUCCUUUUGUUGUUGAUGUCUGAAGAAAGAGACAAAAACAGCAUAACAAAAAAGAAAGCUGCUGGACCAAUAACUUCAAGUCCUGUCAUAGUAAUAUUAUAUUACCAAAUUGGAUAGUUUGUGAAUAGUCUUUCAAUACGUACAAUAGAUAUGGCUAUCUUGUGGUUGGUUUAUGCUACCCUGUCAUCACCCCUCCCUCUGCUGUGUAAAUUGUAACCCUUCCUUUCCUCUCUCUCUCCCUCCUCUCUGUAGGGCAAGCAGAGCCUCGUAGCAGAUAAUCGUCUGAGCAGUACUGUAUCUAUGUGAAUAUGAUGUGAAACCCCCACUUUUUCAGAGCCAUAGGAGAGAGGUUGAUGCUUUGACUCUCAACAGCUUUGGUUUGAGUUUUAUUCAUCACAUGGCACUCUGUGGGGGGAGGUGGGAGAUCUGGUGAUAAGCUUCUCCCUUUUACUUAAAAGCAUCCUGUGAAAUUUAGUGUUGCUAAACACCAUAUGGUUUGACUGACAUGAGUAUGACGCUGCUUAUACAGUAGGUGUUAUUUUGCACAUCUUCACUAAGUCAUUGUCCCACAAUUUGAUCAUUUCUCACAAAGAAUUCUAAAACAUUCAGAGUAUUAAGUCAGUCAUUGUCUCAUUGCCACCACUUUAGGUAGAGUUUUUGGUUCCCACAGCAGCCAGUAAAGGUCAUAUACACCAGUGGUUUCUAACCUCAGGGCUGGGUCACAAGAUAAAACUCAAAGGUUGCAAGAUCAUCAGGAAAAAAGACCUACAUGUGCAAGAAAGUUGAGCCAAAAUAAACAAAAUAACUGCACUACCUGCAGGGCUGCCAUUGUUAAAAAUAUUCUUAAGUUUAGCCAAUAUAGCUAAGUACUGACAGCACCAUAUUCUCCAACUGAAAGAAUAGUUCCACAUUUUGGGAAAUACCUGUCUUUACUGUUAAUCGAUACCAUUUUCAUAUCUGUCUGCUAUCGAAUUGGUUACGGGAAGUGAUUAGCCUAGCUUAGCAUAAAGACUGGAGGCAGGGGGAAACACAUAGCCUUGCUCUGUCCAAAGUAUAAAAAUAUACCUACUAGCUCUAAGGCUCACUAAUUAACCCAUUAUACCUUACUUGUACAAUUAAACAUCUGCACACAAAAGACACUCUGGACUCUUCCAGUUUUUUUGCCAAACUGAGUUAAUUGUCUUCCGACUAGCUCCAUACACAGACAUCAGAUACACAUUCAGUUAAAUAAUCAGUUUCAGCACAGACUGAGACAGACCAUUUAGUAUUUCAUCUGCUUUCACUGUUUGUGUUUCUUUUGUUUCAUUAGCCUCAUAUCACCAAAUAGCUAGCUACUGGACUACAUGGCAAAGAAGGACAAACCAAAAAAAUAACUGCUGUUCACUCCACUCCCAUAUCUUGAAAAGCACAAAUCAGUGUGUAGAGUCUUUUUUAAGUCUGACCCUUUUGUAAAUGCAACUGCUAGAUUUGGUCCAGGAUAAGAAGUGCUAGCUGGUCAUCCAACAGCCACAACAGUCCUGAGAUCUCCAGUAUUCACAUCACUGAAAGGUUGAGAACCACUGGUGUAUAUAGUCACUAUAGUCACUGCUCUGAAUGUGACAACACCGUCUGGCCAGUUACCCAGUAUCAGUACUUUUAUCAGGAGAUGAUUACAUCCAACCCUGUUUCUCAAACUGCGAGCUGGUUAAAAACAACCCAAAACUCCAAAUGUCAAGGAUUUCCUUUAAGUUUCAAUAAUUGCUGGGUGGCCCCUGGGUCCCCUGGGUGUCUUUGUAGCCUUGCUGUGAUGUUUUGAAGUGUUUUAAAACCAAACGAGCUGGGUUCAGUGGAACACGGGCUCUGACCCAGUUAAGACAGUUCCUUGUUGUUGAAAUGAGCCGUUCCUGUCUGUGUUCCCCAGGGCAAAUUAAAGUGCUACUGCAAUCACAGCGGUUUGUCUUUUCUGCACUUUAAAUAGCAGAGCAGGUACUGUAUCUCUCACUGGGCUGUCAUUUCGCCUCUAGGAUCGUUGUCAGGGAACAGCAGAGAUAAAGGAACUGUCAGUUCACUUCCAACUGCAGGGUAGGAAAUCCUCCUAACUUUUUUAUAUUCUUCUCAAAACUGGACCAGUGUGACACCCAAAAUGUUUCUCCUUCCAUAUAUGAUGCUAUAAUCGUAUGUUCUGCCAUCCACCAUCUUUAUUGUGGUGUUUUGUUGUGUGCAGUACAAGAGAAGCAGAGUUAGCAAAUAAAGCAAAUAAACCUGGACGACCAAUCAGAGGGCUAGACUGGCAGGACAAGGACAUUACGGAGGAACAGGACUGGACAGUGCCAGAGAAAGAGGACCUGUAUGAAAACACUGGAUGGGUCCCAUCAUCACUGUCCAGUCCUUGUUUAUUGAGAGUCAGAACAGAGGAGCAAGAGAAAUGAACAGAACACACGUAUGCACACAGAGCUACGAUCACACUGCCGAACGCCAACGCAGAGAUUCAUGUCCAUACACAGGGUCCUUCUGUCAUGCAAUAACUGUAGCAUUCUGUUACACGUGUGGUCAGUGUGAACGACACAGAAACAUAUUCAAUAACUCUAAUGUCCUCCAGGUUUAUUUCCAAUGUGUUUACAUUUUCUGGUGCCUAGUACAGAGAAAAAAAAAAAAGUGGUUUCCGUGCAUUUAAACAAUAAAUAGCAAGAAUUUUUUUCUGUGUUCAUCUUUGUCCAAUGACUGUUUUAACUAUAUAAAUACUGUUUUUUGGGAGUUUUGUUUGCUCCUUUUUUUUCUGUUCAAAGUUUUACAAGGGGGUCAUUUGGAAUAAAGGCUGUUGAAUCAUGUAUUUAA